ACGUCUUAUUCUAUGGCCUUUAUUCUUUACCAUCUGGCUAAAAACCCAGAUAUUCAGGAACGAGCUUAUCAAGAAGUUAAAUCAGUCUUACCUUAUGCUAGCAAGAGAUUGUCAGUUUCAGAACUAGAUCAGCUCCAUUACCUAAAGGCGUGUGUUAAAGAAAGCAUAAGGAUGAAUCCCAUUGCACUAGGUACAGUAAGAAUACUGGAUCAUGAAGUAGUUCUGUCAGGAUACAGUGUUCCCCCAGGGGUUCUGCUUGUGGCACAAAAUAUGGUGGCAUGCCGAUUGGAGGAAAACUUCCCAGAACCUCUAAAAUUUAAACCGGAGCGAUGGCUCAAAGAAAAAGCCGAAAACAAGGCCCACCCUUUCGUAUUUAUUCCAUUUGGAUUUGGCCCCAGGAUGUGUGUUGGGAGGAGAAUAGCCGAGCAAGAAAUUUGGGUGCUUGUAGCAAAGAUUUUACGCAGGUUCAAAGUAGAAUAUCAUCACGAAGAUAUUGACUGUUACACUCGUUUAAUAAACGCUCCUGAUAAGCCGCUGCGAUACCAAUUUGUGGAAAGGAAAAAUUGAGCUUGUGUACUAAUAGAGCUUUUUUACAAAUUAUGUCACCUUGUGACACUUAGAUAUUUUUGUGUGUCAAA